AAACUCUUUCUGCUUUACUGCAGCCGCCAUAUUUAUAAGAAUUCACCAUGCGGUCAUUUUUGUUUAGAGAAUUGAACUUGUUUGGUUAAGUGCGAUAAUUCAAUUGUUUUAACAUUUACUAACAGAAUGACGGAAGAAGUUCAAUUAAAGUCUCUUAUUUUUGACUACUUACAUAAAAUUGACAAAGACAUUGCGGUAAAAUUUCGAAAGAAGACAAAAUUGAAACCACUUCCCGCAAAUGGAGCUAUUGGUCUAGUAGAAAUUUUCAACAGCUAUAAAGCGUUGGCUAGAACAAAAAAUUUGAAGACUGAUAACGUCAAGAAGAAAGAAUCGUCAUCUUCCUCAUCAGAUUCUGAUGAUGACAAUUCAACCAGACCAAACUUGUCCGUUGCAAAAGCUGCAACAAAACCUCAACCAGCAAAAAAACAAGAGGAUAGCAGCAGUGAUAGUGACUCCAGUAGCGACGACGAACAACCGGCUAAGCUAGUCCAGAAAGGCAAUACAUUUGCUAUUAAGCCUACAACGAAAGUUCCUCAACAACCAGCCAAGAAACAGGAGAGCAGUAGUGACAGUGACUCUAGCAGUGAAGAUGAAAAACCCACCAAGCCAAUCCAGAAAGGAAAUGCACCUGUAGUUAAAGCGCCUCAACAACCAGCUAAGAAACAAGACAGCAGUAGUGAUGAUUCAAGUAGUGAAGAUGAACCUGCAAAACCAGUUCAGAAAGUAAAUGCACCUGUAGUUAAAGCGCCUCAACAACCAGCUAAGAAACAAGACAGCAGUAGUGAAGAUGAACCUGCAAAACCAGUUCCGAAAGGGAAUGCACCUGCUGUUAAACCUGUAGUUAAAGCACCUCAACAAGCAGCAAAGAAACAAGAAAGUAGCAGUGAUGAUUCAAGUAGUGAAGAUGAACCUGCAAAACCAGUCAAAAAAGUGAAUGCACCUGUUAUCAAACCUGUAGCUAAAGUGCCUAAACAAGCAGCAAAAAAACAAGACAGUAGCAGUGAUAGUGAUUCUAGUAGUGAGGAAGACAAACCUGUGAAGCCAGCACAAAAACUUGCGUUACCUGUGAAACCUGCACCUACAGCAGUUCAAAAACAACAAGAAAGCAGCAGUGAUGACUCUAGUAGUGAAGAUGAAGAGCCUGCAAAACCAGUUGCAAAGACUGUUGUUAAAGCGCCACAACCUGCAAAGAAAGCUGAUAGUAGUAGUGAUGACUCAAGCAGUGAAGAUGAAGAACCGUCUAAGCCUCCUCCAAAACAAACUGUGACAAAACCUGCUGCUAAAGCUGUUGCCGCUAAACAAGAGAGCAGCAGUGACAGUGACUCCAGUAGUGAGCAAGACAAACCUUCUAAGCCAGCUCAGAAAAAUGCAGCGACUUCAUUACCUGUAAAACCUGUACCUAAAGCUGUUUCAAAACAGGAAAGCAGCAGUGAAGAUUCUAGUAGUGAGGAUGAGCCAGCAAAGACAGUCCACAAACCAAAUGUACCUGUAGCGAAAGCACUUGCAAAGAAAACUGAAAGUAGUAGUGAUGACUCAAGCAGUGAAGAAGAAGAACCAUCCAAGCCUCCUGCAAAACUUGUGGCAAAACCUGCUGCUAAAGCUGUUCCCGCUAAACAAGAGAGCAGUAGCGACAGUGACUCCAGUGAUGAAGACGAACCUUCUAAGCCAGUUCAGAAUGCCAAAGCACCUGCCACAAAGCCUGCAGCUAAAACAGCUCCUCAACAAUUAGCAAAGAAACAGGAAAGCUCCAGUGAUGACUCCAGUAGUGAUGAAGAUGAACCUGCAAAGCCAGUUCAGAAAGGAAAUCCAACCGCAGCUAAGUCGGUGGCCAAAACCCUUCAAGCCCCUCCAAAAAUAGCUGAGAGCAGUAGUGAAGACUCAAGCAGUGAAGAUGAAGAAACUGCUAAGCCAGCUGUAAAGCUUCCAGUGAAUAAACCAGUUGCAGCUGCUAAAGCUGUCGCUAAAAAAGAUGAAAGCAGUACCGAUGAUGAUUCGAGCAGCGAAGAUGACGGACCAGCUAAGAAACCGACAGUAUCUUCAACUGCGGCAAAACCUGCAGUGAACGGAGUUCCAAAAGCAGCGAAACGAGCUGCAAGCAGUAGCAGUGGCGAUUCGAGCAGUGAUGAGGAAGCUGGUGCAGCCAAGCCGGUUCACAAACUAAAUGGCAAAGCUAAACUGGCAAAACGUAGUAAAAGCAGUAGUAGUAGCAGUGAAGAAGAGUCAACGUCUAAUACCGCACAAGUCAAUAAUAGAAAAAGGAAAAACGAAGACCAAACAUCAGUUAUUCCAAAUAAACGAUUGAACACCUCUGGCCCCGUAACAGAUAAUAGUUUUGACCAGAGUUGCAGUGGACAGAAACAACCGAAGAACUCUCCAUUCCGUAGAGUUGUAGCCGAAAACGUCGAAGUACAUCCUCUCUUAGCCAAUAACUCAUUCCAAGCUAAGAAAGGAGCCCGGGGAAGUUGGGGUGAACGUGCCAACGAGGUUCUCAUCAAAACUAAAGGUAAAAGUUUCAGACACGAAAAAACAAAGAAGAAACGUGGCAGCUACCGCGGUGGACAAAUAUCUACCACAGUCAACUCAAUACGAUUCGAUGAACUUUAAAAUGAUAAGUGCAGAUUCACUAAUAAUUUAAGUUGAACAGCAUUAAUUUUAGGUAUAAAAAUAUUUUUUAUAAUAGGAAUUUAAGUUAGAUUGUAAAUAAUAUUGAAUUCGUUAGACAACACUUCAACGUUCAAUACAUAGAGCACAGUGUUAUUUUAUUCCACAGUGAUAUCAGACUUGGGCAUUGCGUACACCACUUUGAAUCUCAUGAAGUCGACGGGAGAGGUAUUUUUCAUCUGUGGUUAGAUGCGAUUUCUUUCAUUCUUUCUAUUUGCUCGUCAUAAGAAACCGCAACAAGGCAGCCUCAUUGCUGCUGCUUAUAAUAGGCUUCAAUUGGACGGUUCGGUUUAUAAAGCAACAAUAGCAACUCAUAGUUGAUAUUGUUAGUGAUUGUGUUCAAUAUUUCGCCAAUUAUAAUAUUGAUAAUUUCGGGCAUGCUUACGAAAAUAAAUUUGACAACUUGUUUGACCUGCUUUGGAGCUUCAAUCUCCUCGAAAAUUGAACACAUUGGUGCAAAUUCUGUGGAGUACAGUUGUUGCGCUCCAUUACUUUUCUCAAGUCGAUCAUUACCGUACUGUUGAUAUUUUCCCAUCAUCAUUUUUUUAUAAAAUUGUAAUAUAAGUUAUUAGUGAAUUAGACUCCUCACUUCAUAAAUAUAAAAUGUUCUAUUUUUUCAGAAUUUUUGCAAGGUAUGUCUGGUCUUAAGAUUGACUCUAUGCUAAUAACUGGAUUUGGAUCUUCGUCGAAAGUGAUAUUGACUUGUUUUAGGAAGAGAUUAGGAAAUAGUUUUGAGUUUGUUAUUUGCUGCAAAGUGAUUGAGUUCGUCCUUGUAAGCUUCGAUGUAGAGUUCAUUGUUGCCAACUUUGUGAGUUUAUUCUUGUGAGUUCUGUGAUUUACAAAUGGUGUGCGCAAGGCUAUAAUUAUGUCGGAAGUACACAUUCAAUGUAUUCAACGUUGAGGGCAGUGUCACAUUUGUGAAUUAGUCAAGGGGUUUCUAUCUUCUUCUUAUUACUUUUUAUUAUAAAAUUAAUCUUUCAUGAAUCAGACAUACUAUUUUCCCAAUUUUUAUAUGAAAAACUUUUGAUAAUAUCAUUAAUAAUUGAUUUUUCAAAGUUCUUUCAAACUUAAUGCCCAGGUAGAAGGUGUUCAACUAUUAAAAAUGAAGUAAAUGAAUGUUGCGAAGCAACAAAAUACUAGGGACUAAUGUCAUAAUGACUGAACAAUGUGAAUCAACUGAUUUGCUUUUGAUUUGUCUUUUACAUUCGAAAUUGGCAUUAUUUAUCUAUUUGAUAGAGUAAACAAUACAGUAGUCGGAAAAAACAGGCUAUUGCCCAAAACUUCUUCAAAUUCCUAAUUUUGUCCUAAAUUGUCCAAAUAUUAUAUAGGUUAUGUCUAUUAUGUCUAUCGAUCUGAAUAUACAAAUCAGAAUAAAACAAACAAUUUUAAAUUUAAAAUUAUUAUCACCGUACGCUUUACUCUUGUAUCCUGUUGUUUAUUAUAAAAAUCGUAGAACUAUCGCUUAUCACCAAAUAA